AUGGCAGAAGGGCUCUUCUCCAUGGCUCACCCGUGGGCCUCCGCCUUUGGCAUCCUAGGCAACAUCAUAUCCUUCCUGGUGUUCCUCGCACCGACGCCGACGUUCCUGCGGGUGUACCGGAAGAAGUCGACGGAGGGGUUCAGCGCGGUGCCGUACGUGGUGGCGCUCUUCAGCUGCAUGCUGUGGAUCUUCUACGCGCUGGUCAAGACCAACUCCAGCCCGCUGCUGACCAUCAACGCCUUCGGCUGCGUCGUCGAGUCCUUCUACAUCCUGCUCUACGUGGUGUACGCGCCCAGGAACGCCAGGCACCGCGCCCUCGCCUUCUUCCUCCUCCUCGACGUCGCCGCCUUCUCCCUCAUCGUCGUCGUCACCGUCUUCCUCGUGCCCCAGCCCAGCCGCGUCAAGGUCCUCGGCAGCGUCUGCCUCGCCUUCUCCAUGGCCGUCUUCGUCGCCCCCCUCAGCGUCAUCUUCGUGGUGAUCAAGACCAAGAGCGCCGAGUACAUGCCCUUCUCGCUCUCCUUCUUCCUCACCCUCAGCGCCGUCGCCUGGUUCUUCUACGGCCUCUUCACCAAGGACAUCUACGUCACCCUCCCGAACGUGGGCGGCUUCUUCUUCGGCGUGGCCCAGAUGACGCUCUACUUCUGCUACCGCAAGCCGGACACGUCGGCCCUGGUGCUGCCGACGGGGAUCCACGACGUGUCCACGGAGGCGGCGGCGCAGCAGGAGGUGGAGCUGCCGGAGGGCACCCACCCGGCGGUGGCCAUGCUAACGGUGAGCACGCUGCCGAUGCUGGCGGAGCUGCAGAAGAUGGAGCAGGAGAUCAGCUCGCCCACCCCGCGCAAGGGCUACAUCAAGGCUUUCUGA